UCAAGACGACGACAACAAACUUGACUCACAUUCACGCUCUUGUGCUAAGCUUGAACUCAAACAGUCUCUAAAAAUUCCACGUCCACUCAACAGGGUGAAAGAGCUCCAAGUCAUCGCGAUGAUCAUUCAAAAGAUGGUAAGACUAUGUUUCUCUCCUACCACCUAAAGUGAUAUGUAUACCCUUGCCCAAAGCUAAGUAAACAGACAUGGUUGUCACUUUACUUAUGUUGCAUGUAGUUACAUCGUCUGUAAGAUUUAUAAAUCCAAAUAGGCCUUGAAUUUUCUAAUCUCGAGAGUAAUCUAUUGCUUCCGAUGCUUCUCAUAAAUUGAUCCAGAUCUAUAGAUAAACUAUGUUAUAAAGUCUAAAGAAAACCAUCACAUAAGAGUACAGAUCAUAUUAUUACAUUGAUUCAUUCUGCUUGCCCCAGCCCCUUAAAUAACUGUUUGGCACCAUUUGUGUUAAGGAUUGAGCCAAUAAGGCCAAUUUGCCCAUUGUUGAUGUCUCCUCAAAGCUCAGCUUUGGGUGUAUAUUAAUACGUGUUCAUUCUAUGGUGAGUGUAUGGUCUCACACUUGAGGGGGGAGAUCAAUCAGAUCAUUAAGUGCAAUUGUGUGAGUUUUAUGUGCCCCAUGUUGAAAGAUAAAGAUUUUUCACUUUGUAACCCAAGUAGGCUACUCUUCCAUUGCCAAUUGGAUUUAGGACAAAAUCUCACUUUGGGCACAGUGAGUGGGUUCUCUCUCUUUUCUCUCCUCCAUUUGUUAUAAUAAAUUGGAAUCUGAGCUAGGUUUGGUUGGAUUGUUCGCACACUCUGAUAGAUGUCAUCUGUGCUAGGGCUUGUGCCGCCGAUAAGGCCCAUAUGUUGGUGUCUCCUUAGAGCUUGGCUUUGUCAGGUCUGAGUGUGAAUCUAUCUGUAUUGUUCAAGGGGAAGAUCAUUAAGUGCAAUCAUGUAAGGAUUAUGUGUCACACAUUAGAAGAUAAAGUAAAUAACUUUCACUUUCUAAUCCUAGUGAGCUAUACAGAUUCAAAGCUUAUACUAAGGAGCAAAUUGUAUUUCCAAUAUGCAGAUGAGUCUUGGUUACCAGAUAAAAGUAGCCUUGAGCUUGUCCUUGACACAUUGCAAAGGAGAGAUACAUAUGAUAUAUUUGCAGAGCCGGUGGAUCCUAGUGAGGUCGAAGAGUACUAUGAAAUCAUCAAAGAGCCAAUGGAUUUUGGCACAAUGAGAGCUAAACUUCAUGAAGGCAUGUACAAGAAUAUUCAGCAGUUUGAGCAUGAUGUAUAUUUGAUAUUUGGGAAUGCUAUGCAUUUCAAUUCAUCAUCCACUGUGUAUUUCAGACAGGCACGUGCUUUGGAGGAUUUAGCAAAAAAUAUUUUUUUUGUCCUGAAAAAGGAUCCUAAAAAUUUCAAAAUGGACUUCACUGCAAUAAGGCGAAGAUCAAGUAGAAAAUUUGGUGGUGAACAUAGUGGUUUGACUUUUGGCUCAUCCGGGAAACUAGCAAGGGACUUGGGAUCCAAUAGCAUGCAUACUGAUCUUGGUCGUAAAGGUUUUGGAAAAGAGAGAAAAACUUCUUUUUCUGGAAUUGAUCGGCGUUCUACAUACAAAUCUUGGAUUUGCUUGUUUGAUGAAACAAGUUCAGCUGUUUCACCACUAUUUUGCGGCACAAAACCACUCAUACCUGAAAAUCUGGAGGAGUCUGGAUACAAAGAAAGCUUGAUGUUGUUUGCUAGAAAUUUGGGACCUACAGCUCAUAGAGUUGCAAAAAAUAAAUUGCAAGGAUUAUGGAUGCAAUCCUCCUCCAGUAGUAGGUCUCAAAUGAAUAGUUGGGACAAUUCUUCUGUCCACAAUUCUCAAGCCCCUGCUGCCUCAUCUCUUGUUCAAAAAGAACCUGCUAAUUCUUUGUUAUGUGGUACCAUACCCAGCACAAAUCUUGCUGCAUCUCACCGUGUGAUUGACAUUGAAACAGCCAAUGACAUAAGGAAAACAAGUGAUGUUAGCACAAGUGGAGAGAAAUCGGCCAAAAGUUUUGUAGAUAUUAAAUCUAUCAUCCCAUGUACAAGCCUGGGAACAAGCGAUUGUGUCUUAAGGGAUCAAGCUCAAGGCAACAUGAAAUACAAUAAAAGUAUUUCUGCCAUUGCUAGCGGAGAUAAACUUAAACAAAAAAUCUCUGUAAAUCAGUAUGGUGAAUUGGAUGUCAUGACCCACACUAGUAGCAAGGACAAUGAAAAUACUGAAUUUGCAAGACCAAGAGUGCUGCUGAAAGAUGGUGGCACGCUAAGCUGCCAUCUGAAUACAAUGCUUCCAGCUGUGAAAGAGACAAUAUUGGAACAAUUUCAGGCUGGCAACAACUUUGACUUGAAUCAGGUUCAGGUUAUCCCAAGUCCAAGCUAUCUAGUUGGGUGUUCUUAUGAAGAUGACAAUUUAGAGACUCGUGAAGUGAAAUCUUAUUCUGGAUUGGUUGAAGCAACCAAGUUCAACCAUCUUUCCUCUACAGGUCAUGCCAAAGCAGCAAUAUAUGAGGACGUGACUAAUAUGCAUCCAUCAUCAAUAUCCAGCCAAUUUAACUUUAAUCUUCCUUAUUUAAAGCUGAGUAUGGGAAAAUUGGGUGAUGAAGUUUUUGAAAACAGCUCUACCACAAAUGGACAACGAUCGGCAUUGCAGCUGCCUCCGGAGCUGAAUAGUAGCAGCCUCUCACCAAAUGCAUCUAAAAUCAGCUUUGGGAAGGCGUCUGGCGGAUACACCAACCACAAUCAUGGAUUCUAUCUUGAAAACCAUCAUAUGACAUCACCCUAUAUUAUGAAGACUCAGUUACCUAAACUUUAUACUUAAGGUGAUAGCAUAUUGCCAUCUUACCACUAAUAAUCCUCUCAUUAUGAUGUCCACUGCUACAACCUUUUAUUGCUCUUUCUUUCUGUCUUUUUCCCCCCUUUGGUGGCAGCCUGGAGGCCAUUUUAUUGUUGAUUGAAAGAGUUAAGUAAAUUAUAGUGUGUUGGAAUGAAUGACGAAAAAGGAUCGAUCAAUGAUCACAUUGUUGUGAUUGAAAAAGGAUAUGUUUAUUAUUAUUUUUGUUGAGUAGUAAAGUGUUAGGACAACCUAAAAUGAAAAGUGGCCAAAUAAAUUUAGAUGGAGGAAAUAUAUUUUUCAUUGAUAAAA